ACUGACCAAAAAAAAAAGUAUUUGUGAACUGAGCUCAAAAUGAGAGUUCCUGUAAAACUCCUCGGCUUCGGCUUUUGGUUGUUUUUCUUAAAUUGUGCCCGAUGUCAAGAAUGUCUUCGAGAGGACAUUAAAUAUGAAAACACAGAACCAGUUGAGAAAGCUUCAUACGCUGAUGGUGAAACAGUGAAAGUGAACUGCAUAACAGGUUAUAUUGGCUUGUAUAGAUUAAAGUGUGAAAAAGGAGAAUGGAAAAAAUCCAUUGAGCGACCAUGUGCAAAGAAAAAAUGUAGUAAUCCAGGCGACACACCAAAUGGUGAUUUUAAACUUAAAGAGGGGACGGAGUUUGUUUUUGGAGCAACAGUGGUGUAUACAUGCAAAAAAGGGUAUGAAAUGACAAGCAGAAUCAAUCAGCGUACCUGCAGAGCUCAAGGAUGGGACAACGCUGUCCCUGUCUGUGAGGUGGUGAAAUGUCCAGCCAUUCGCACAGAUUGGGAGGUGACUGCAUCGGGUAACACAGAGGAGGGACGUUAUGGUGAUGUUAUUCACUUUGAUUGUGUAUCUUCUGACAAAAUGAUAGACGGAAGUAGUGACAUUCACUGCAAAGAGACGGGAACAUGGAGUGAUGCUGUUCCAAAGUGCAAAGUUAUAACAUGCGCAGCACCUGUCAUACCAAAUGGAUAUGUUGUUGAGCCACGGCCAGAAUACCAGAAAGAUGCCACAUUAAAAUACAAAUGCAAUGAAGGAUUCAAACCCAGAGAGGGAAUCCCCAAAUGUGCUAAAUUUGGCUGGACUCUGAACCCAGAAUGUGAUGGUAAUUCACCACUGUGUUACAUCAUAAACAAUUAAUAUGGGAAAUAAUAC